AUGGCGAUCAUAGGAGAUGCUCUACGACAAGCAUUCAUGCCGAAACACGAGUACCAGAACCUCCGUGACGAAGACAAAGCAUGGAUUAAGCUACGACGGCCGAUCUUCAUCUCUAUUUUCGUAUUCUUGAUCUUCUGUAUUGUCAUUUCAUCUGCAAUCAGCUUCAAAAUGGUGUUCCCCAGUGAUCUUCAACACCGCCCUUUCUGCAAACAUCAUCGUAUUGAAUCGACAACAAAUAACGACCAUGAGGAUAGAGAUUUCAAUUUUACGGAUCAACAGAUUGCUUAUUAUUACUGGAUGAUUGCGUUUGUUCCUUCGGCUAUCCUUUUCUCGACGACUGCUGUUUACCUUGUUGCUGGGAUGACUGUAGCUUAUACUGCUCCAACAAGACAUGGAUUUCUAAAAGUGGUCGAGAAUAACUACUGUGCUCCAAAUGGAGGAGGUGUGCGAUGUCUACAUUUUGAAUUCAAUGUUUGCAAUAAUGUUUGGUUUUUUACUCUAUAUGGGGCCACUGCCUCCUUGUUAAGAAGGAAAGCUGCCAUGAUUCUUGAUGAUGGUGACAUUGAUGGGCAUAACCAGAUUAUUGGAAUAGAAAUGUUGGAAUUUGGUGAUGUGGAAAUGACACCGGAUGUUGAGAGACGAAUUAAUCAAGGGUUUAGAUCGUGGAUGGGAACAUCGUAUUUGUCUUCUGAUGAUGAAGAUGAAGAUGAAAAUGGUUAG